AUCCAUUACAAGGACUGAUUACUGAUCCAAUAAUCGUACGGCUGAGAACCAAUCAACUUGACGGUCUCGAUUCUUCUUUGGCGUCCGCCACAAGCGUCAGUGGGGAGAGCAUUGAGAGUGAAACACCGUGAGACUUCUCAUCUCGCCAUCUCGGUGUAAAACCAGGGCGUCCGUCCGUACAAUAUAGGGUCUCAGACCAUCGAUCAGCCAUGUACAGAACUGCAGCUUCACGCCUUGGGGUUCUCAAGGGCCAUAGAAUCAGUAGGUUACCUUCAAGAUUUACAAGUUCAAGUGCUGCUUCCUUGCAAUCAUCCUCUUUGGGUGGUCUCUUCAGCUGGCUGACUGGUGACAAGUCCAAUUCUUUGCCUCCUCUGGACUUCCCCCUUCCAGGAGUUGAACUUCCACCCACAUUGCCUGAUUAUGUUGAACCUGGAAAAACCAAGAUUACGACUCUCCCAAAUGGCGUGAAAGUUGGCUCUGAAACAUCACCGAAUCCUGCAGCAUCAAUAGGGUUGUAUGUUAACUGUGGUUCAGUAUAUGAGUCUCCAGCCUCAUUAGGGGUCACACAUUUACUGGAGCGGAUGGCAUUCAAAAGCACAAGAAACCGCAGCCACUUGCGUAUUGUGCGUGAAGUUGAGGCAAUUGGGGGCAAUGUGCAAGCCUCGGCAUCUCGGGAGCAGAUGGGAUACACCUAUGAUGCUCUAAAGACCUAUGUUCCAGAGAUGGUGGAGUUGCUUAUUGAUUGUGUGAGAAAUCCUGUCUUCCUUGAUUGGGAGGUCAAUGAACAACUUCAGAAGGUCAAAGCUGAGAUUAGUGAAGCCUCUAACAAUCCUCAAGGAUUGCUUUUGGAAGCAAUUCAUUCUGCUGGUUUUUCUGGUCCAUUGGCUAAUCCUCUUUUGGCACCUGAAUCUGCAAUAAAUAGAUUGAACGGUACAAUCUUGGAGGAAUUUGUUGCCGAAAAUUUUACUGCUCGCCGGAUGGUACUUGUGGCUUCUGGUGUUGAACACGAGGAACUGGUGUGCAUUGCAGAGCCCCUUUUAUCUGAUCUACCUGAAGCUAGUAAUACUGUAGUGCCAAAAUCUGUUUACACAGGAGGUGAUUUUCGCUGUCAAGCAGAUUCAGGGGACCAAAGAACCCAUUUUGCUCUUGCAUUCGAAUUUCCUCAUGGCUGGCAUGAUGACCAUGAUGCCAUGACCUUGACUGUUCUUCAGAUGCUAAUGGGUGGAGGCGGAUCCUUCUCAACUGGUGGCCCUGGGAAAGGAAUGUACUCAAGGCUAUAUCUUCGAGUCCUGAAUGAAUAUCCACAAAUUCAAUCCUUUACAGCAUUCAGCAACAUUUAUGAUCGUACUGGCAUAUUUGGUAUCCAAGCUACCACCGGUUCUGAUUUUGCAUCAAAAGCUAUAGAUUUAGCAGCUAAUGAGCUAAUUGCAGUUGCUUCACCGGGUGCAGUUGACCCAGUGCAGCUAGCUCGUGCAAAACAGUCAACAAGGUCUGCUAUUUUGAUGAAUUUGGAAUCUAGAAUGAUUGCUUCAGAAGAUAUAGGUAGACAGAUUUUGACAUAUGGCGAGAGGAAACCUUUGGAGCAUUUCUUGAAGAUUGUAGAUUCAGUUACAUUGCAAGAUAUUACGAAAAUUGCGCAAAGGCUAAUUUCUUCCCCUCUAACAAUGGCAUCAUAUGGAGAUGUUGUCAAUGUCCCAACCUAUGAUUCAGUCAGCAGCAAGUUCAAGGCGAAAUGAUUUUUUUUUUUUUUUUUGCUGACCUGGGUGGACACUUGAUCAGUUGUCUAUAUUAAUGUGUAUCAGCUAAACUUGAAGCUUUUUUACGUUAAUAAAUUGGUGAUCCUUGGAAAGCAGCAUUUUGCUAUGCCUGAUA